AUGUCAAAGUUGAGUAUUACAUUGCUCGUCGUUGGGUUGUCGCUGUUAGUAGUCUGCAAUGGAUCUUCGCUGUCUCGAGAACCCUCUGAGGCGAGCGAUUUGGAUACAUCGGGGUUAUCGGGGUUCGCGAAAAGACUGUUUAAAGAAUGCAAAAAAAACACUGGCGCCUAUGAUGCGUUCGCUGCAGUAAUGGAAGCAUAUCACAAUUCCACAAUAUGUCUGACCAAAUUCGACGCACAGAGUUUCAUGGUCGAUCUUAACCAGCUGUCGACCGAAACGCGAACAGGAUUCUUUUCGAAAUACUGUUCUGAAGCGCGAUCGCUCAUUUCUUGCUUUGAUGGUGUGCAGGCUAGUUGGAGACCAUGCCUUCAGGAGCGUGACUUCAAUAUUAUGAAAGGCGUAGUUAACAGUAUUCCGAAAGCCUUGGACUUUGUGUGUCAAAAUGAUGGAGAAAUCGUCUUCAAACUCAAGGACGAGCAACGUCAGGCGUGUUUUAUGCCAAAGAUUGAACAAAUCAGGGAGUGUGUUAAUACGUUCGAGAGUAACUGGAACUACGAUUGGAAUGCUUAUGAACUGACGCAAGAUCAAUGCAGCAUUAUUACGAGCUACAGACAGUGCAUAAAGGACCAUCUGGAUGCUUGUAACAUGUCGGAUGCUAUAAGAAUUUUCGAUAUUGUAAAAGAUGCCUUUUUUCUCCAGACGCCUUGUGUCAACUCUGCGGAAAAGUCAAAGGUUAACCUGAUUGAUAAGAACACGGCUGAUGAGGUUUAAAACAGAGGACAAAAGCUCAGGGUUAUAAUUGG